AUGAUCGACUCUGCAGUCCUGGGAGGGCCGUACGUGUUCGCAGCCGCCACGCUGGCCAGCUCCAAGCCGGCUGCCCCGUUCGUGUUCAGGAACUACGAGCUGCCGGCCGAGGCGGGCCCCCUGGCCAAGAGCAUCCGCGCAUGCUCUGGCAGCAGCCGGCACGACGUGUGGCAGGCCGUCCGCGCGUCCUCCGCCGCACCCUACUACCUGGAUGACUUCAGCUGCCCCGACGGCCUGCGCUUCCAAGACGGCGCCACCACUGUAAACAACCCGGCCGUCGUGGCACUGCAGCAGGCGCGGCUGCUGCACCCGGACGUGCCCGUGGACGUGCUCGUGUCGCUGGGCUGCGGCCAGCCCCUCUCCGAGCCGCGCGGCCGCGGCGUCCACAGCAUGAUGGACACAGGCGCGCUGCUGGUGGAGGCGGCCUGCAGUGUGGACCGGGUAGACGAGGCCCUGCGCACCACACUGCCCCUGGUGCCAGGGCUGCACUACUACAGGUUCUGUCCUGAGGACCCGCGCUGCAGCAUGCCCCUGGAUGACAUAUCACCCGACUCGUGGCGCCGCCUGCUGGCGGCGACGACUGAAUACUGCGCGCGCCCCGACACGGCCGCCAGGUUCGACGAGCUCGGGCUGCUGCUCUCCGGCGGCAGCGGCGCGCCUGGAGGACCAAGCACGUCACACGCCGCCACAUCCGCGCCGGCCCGCCCCGCGCCGUUGGUGCUGCCAGGCGCGGCGGCGGCGGCGGCCCCCGGCUCGCCGCUCGGGGCGGGGGCCGCGGUGCUCGCGGGGCCGCGGCUGGGCACUGCCAGGGGCGUGCUGCUGGUGGAGGCGCCGAGGACCGGUUUUCUUGAGGCGGCCGGCCAUGUCGAGGCCGCGGCAGAGGCGGUGGCGCGGCUGCCGCAGCUCCUGCGCCGCUGCAACCUGGAGUCCCUCGCGGCGGCGGCGUCUGCACCGCCAUUGAUGGUUGGGAGGGGCGCGGCCGCAGGCGUUUCUGCAGAUGAGGCCUGGGAGGUGGCGCCGUCGACAGCGGCGGCAGUGGCGGCCGUAGCAGCGGCUGCGCGGUCGCCGCAUCCCAACGGUGGUGCGCUGUACACAGCAGACCGCCAGCAGCAGCAGCAGCAGCAGCAGCAGCAGCAGCAGCAGCAGCAGCAGCAGCAGCAGCAGCAGCAGCAGCAACAGCAACAGCCAAUGGUCUCGCCGCAGCCACAGCAGAUGAUCCCCUGGCCGCUGCUGAGUGCAGUUCGCACCACCAACAGCACCAAGGAUGGCGCUGGCGCGGCUCCGCCAGCGGACGGCGCCCUGCCUGCUGCGGAUGCGGCGUCGGUCCCGCUGCGCUCACCUCGGAACGGGCGACCGCCCUCAGCUCACCAAGCCCCUUCCGCGACCUCGCCUGUAGCAUUUCCUGGGGAUGUGGGCGUCGCUGUGUCGGGAGGCAGACAGCAGCAACAGCAGCAGCAGCAGCAGCAGCAGCUAGAAGGCGGAAAGGCGGCCUCAAUUUCCCCGAGCACUUCGUGGCUGGGGCUGCUAUUCUCUACCAGCAGCAGCGGCAGCAGAAAGGAGCAAGCAGCAGGGCUGCCAUCAGAGCAGCAGCAGCAGCAGAAGCAGCACCAGCAGCACCACGACCACCACCUGCAAGGCAUGACCCCUGACUCCGGGGUCGACGGCCGGCAGUCUGACGGCGGCGGGGUUGACGGGCGGCCGCCGCGGUGGACGCCGCCACCGUCGCCGCGUGAGGCCUCGCCCCAACAGCCGCGCGGCGCCACCAGCAGCAGCGCCUGCGCCGCCUCAGAUUGCGACGCGCCGUCCGCGUUUGCGGUGCCCGUUGGCGGCGGCGGCAGCGCCCCGGGGCCCCUGCAGCAGCGGCUGGUCGAGUCCAUCGGCGAGGCCCUGCACUCGGCCGCCGGCGCCCUGGGCAUCCUGCACCUGUCGCUGCACGCAGCCGCAGGCGGCGCCCUCGUCGGCGGCUGGCGCUCGCGGGUGUUUGCAGUGGCCGAGCCUGGGCCCGAGGCCUCGCGGCUCGCCACGGAGUGGGCGGCCGCCGCCGGCGGCGGUGCCGAGGGCAGCGGGGCCGGCGGCGAGGGGGGCCUUGCGCAGCUGCUGGCGGGGCGCGCCUUUUUGGAGCUCGCCGGCGGCGGUCUGCUGUCUGUCCUGAGCCAGCAGCAGGUGCGGACGCCCCAGGGGCGGCUGGUGACGAGCUGGAUGCUGCAGCUGACCGAGCCCCGCCCCGGCGCGCUGCUCGACGCGCCGCUGCUGCUGCCGCUGGCCGCGGCCAUGCCGCGCGUGGCGGUGGUCUCCGCGGGCGCGCUGCCGCCGGCGCUGGUGCGCCUCUUGCUGCGCGCGGGCGCGCGCGCGGUCGUCGCGGCGGCGGGGCCCGCGUCGCAGUCAGGAGGACCCGCCACUCCCUGGAGUCGGGAGGAGGUGGAGGGCUUCUUUUCAGAGCUGUACAGUCAGCUGCUCGUGGCCGGCGCAACCGUGCCCAAGGCGCUCGCCGCCGCAGAGGCGGCGCAGCCUGCCCUGGAGGGUGCUUACACGUGCUACCACCUUUGA